CUCUCACACAGGGAGAGUAGUGGAGCUGGGAUGAGGCGCUGUGUUUUUGGGAUGGCGAGGAUUAAAUAUGGCCACUAGCUGAUUUUUACUCUAAAACAGUCGUCACUACACCGCGCUCUGGGCUCAUGAUGCGUCAGGUAUGGAUGGGAAACGGAACAGAAGGCUGUUAAUCCAGUGAAGUGAGACCCAGUCGGUUAAACGGCCCGGUUUUCCCGACCUCAGCCUCGGCGUUAGCGGGCCAGCUUUGGCCUGAAGAAGCCGUUGAAGAUGAACAUGGUGAAGAGGAUCAUGGGGCGGCCGCGGCAGGACGAGUGCAGCCCUCAGGACAACGCGCUGGGCCUCAUGCACCUGCGCCGCCUCUUCUCCGAGCUGUGCCACCCGCCGCGUCACAUGACCCAGAAAGAGCAGGAGGAGAAACUCUACAUGAUGCUGCCCGUCUUCAACAGGGUGUUCGGGAACGCUCCUCCAAGCUCCAUGCAUGAAAAGUUCUCCGACCUCCUGCAGUUCACCACUCAGGUGUCCAGACUGAUGGUGACCGAGAUCAGACGGAGAGCGUCGAAUAAAUCUACAGAGGCAGCCAGCAGGGCCAUUGUUCAGUUUCUGGAGGUGAAUCAGAGCGAGGAAGCGAGUCGUGGCUGGAUGCUCCUGACCACCAUCAACCUGUUGGCUUCCUCCGGCCAGAAAACAGUAGACUGCAUGACCACCAUGUCCGUUCCCUCCACCCUGGUGAAAUGUCUGUAUCUGUUCUUCGACCUGCCUCACAUGCCUGAGGUCCCCGGCGCCACCCAGACCGAACUGCCCCUAGCUGACCGCCGAGCUCUGCUGCAGAAGGUCUUUGUUCAGAUCUUGGUGAAGCUGUGCAGUUUUGUGUCUCCGGCUGAAGAACUGGCGCAGAAGGAUGACCUGCAGCUGCUCUUCAGUGCCAUCACGUCCUGGUGUCCUCCUCACAACCUGCCCUGGAGGAAGAGCGCCGGCGAGGUGCUCAUGACAAUCUCCAGACACGGCCUCAGCGUCAACGUCGUCAAAUACAUCCACGAGAAAGAAUGUUUAUCGACCUGCAUCCAGAACAUGCAGCAGUCAGAUGAUCUCUCACCGCUGGAGAUCGUAGAGAUGUUUGCUGGGUUGUCAUGCUUCCUGAAAGAUUCCAGCGACGUGUCUCAGACCCUAUUGGACGAUUUCCGCAUGUGUCAGGGCUACACGUUCCUGACCGACCUGAUGCUCAGAUUGGAGCAGGCCAAAGAGGACGAAGCCAAAGAUGCUCUGAAGGACCUGGUGAACUUGGUGACUGCUUUGACCACGUAUGGUGUGAGCGAGCUGAAACCCGCCGGACUGACCACCGGAGCACCCUUCCUGCUCCCUGGCUUUGUGGUCCCGCAGCCUUCUGGGAAAGGUCACACUGUCAGGAACAUUCAAGCCUUUUCCGUGCUCCAGAACGCCUUCCUGAAGGCCAAGACUGGCCGGCUCGCCCGCAUGGUCCUGGACGCCGUGGCAAACAUUUACUCCGCCGACCACGCCAACUACUUCAUCCUGGAGGCUCAGCACGCGCUGUCCCAGUUUGCCGAGCGAGUGCCACGCCUGCCCGAGGUCCAGGUCAAAUACUUCGAACUGCUCGAGUUCGUGGUGUUUGUGCUUAACUACGUCCCCUGCAAGGAGCUGUUCAGCAUUAGCGUCUUGCUGAAGUCGAGCACGUCUUACGGAUGCAGCAUCACAGCCACACGUACGCUGCUGAAGCUCAGCCGGCACCACGUGGUGUUCAGCGACGUCUUCCGUGAAGUCGGGCUGCUCGAGGUGCUCGUUAACCUGCUGCAUAAGUACGCCGCUCUGCUAAAGGAGCCAGCACAAGGUCACGGAGAACAGGGUGAUUCCAAGAACAAUGUGGCAGAGGAACAGAAACAGCUGGCGUGGCUGGUCAUGGAGACCCUUACAGUCCUGCUUCAGGGCUCGAACACUAAUGCAGGUCUGUUCCGGGAGUUUGGCGGUGCCCGUUGCGUGCACAACAUAGUGAAAUACCGGCAGUGUCGCGAGCAUGCGCUGAUGAUCAUCCAGCAGCUGGUUCUCUCUCCCUCCGGAGACGAUGACAUGGGCACGCUGCUGGGCCUCAUGCACUCCGCACCCUCCUCUGAGCUGCAGCUCAAAACCGACAUACUGCGGGCGCUGCUGGCUGUGCUGCGUGAAAGCCACCGUUCUCGCACCGUGUUCAGACGUGUUGGUGGUUUCGUUUAUGUUACUUCCCUGUUAGUGGCUAUGGAGCGCUUGCUGGGCGCCGGCACACGGGUCGAGCCUGAGCUGAGCGGACCGCUGGAGCUUCUGCGCGCAGUCUUCCGCACUCUGACAGCCGCCAUGCGCUACGAGCCGGCCAACGCGCACUUCUUCCGCACCGAGGUGCAGUACGAGAAGCUGGCCGACGCUGUGCGUCUACUCGGCUGUUUCUCGGAUGCUAAGAAGCUCGCUCCGGCGACUACCGUGCCCUGCAACGCCAUGGCCUCUAACACCCAGGCCUUUCAGAGGCUCCUGGAGGACGAGGAGGUGUCCGAGGAAAGCGUGUGCCCACAGCUGGCUCACUGCGCCAAGCUCUUCGUCUACCUCUACAAAAUGGCCACAGACUCCUUUGACAGUCGUGCCGAGCAGGUGCCUCCCUGCCUGACUCACGAGAUCUCGCUCCCCUCUCCAUGGGGCACGCCAGCACUCACCAGGAAGAGACACGGCUACCACAGUUCCUCCAACACGGCUCCAACCAAGAACCUCUCAGACUUGAAGCUGCACCUGGGGAACCCCCCUCAGCACACCUCCGAUCCUGUGGUCAUUCACGCAGGGGCCGUCCUGGCCAUGUUGGACCUGUUGGCCUCCAUCAGCUCAAACAUCCAGCCUGAGCAUGCCUUGGAGUUGCAGUUGGCGGUGGCAAAUGUGCUGCAGUUGUUGGUCCACUCUGAGAGGAACCAGCAGGUGCUGUGCGAGUCAGGUCUGCCAUCACGCCUGCUACAGCGCUGCAGCUGUGCCAUGAGUGACGAGGAGCACCCACUACACCCGCCGCUGCAGAGGACGUUCGAGAGGCUCGCCUCACAGAACCUACAACCUAUGGCUCUCCGGGAGUUUUUGCGUUUAGGGAAUCCUUUAAAUUGUGGCGCCUGGGACAAAAAGCUUCUGAAGCAGUAUCGGGUUCACAAGCCAAGUUCCCUGAGCUAUGAAGCUGAAGCAAGAAAUAGCAUGACUGCAUCGAUGGAGGGCUUGGGGAUGGACAGCGUGUUUGCGGUGAGCGAGGAGAGCGGUUCGUACCGGAUCAGCCGGAGCUUGGUGCGAUCAGCUGAAGCUAGCGCCGUGCCACUGACACGUGUCAAAUGUCUGGUGUCCAUGACAACGCCGCACGACAUCAUCCGUCUGCACGGCUCUGCCCUCACGCCAGCCUUCGUUGAGUUUGAUACAGCGCUUGAGGGUUUUGGGUGUUUGUUUUUGCCAAGCCUGGCUCCUCACAACGUGCCGUCCAACAACACCAACACAUCUGGAGUGAAUGAUGGGGCUGUAGUCAGUGGCAUGGGCAACGGUGAGCGCUUGUUUCCUCCUCCAUCGGGCCUCAGUUACUCCACCUGGUUCUGCGUGGAGCGUUUCAGCACGUCUCCACACACACACCCAGUGCGUUUACUAACCGUCGUGAGGAGAGCCACAGCAUCCGAGCAGCACUACGUCUGUCUGGCCAUCGUGCUGUCAGCCAAAGACCGCUCGCUCAUCGUCUCCACCAAAGAGGAGCUGCUGCAGAGCUACGCGGAUGACUUCAGCGAGGAGUCGUCGUUCUACGAGCUGCUGCCGUGCUGCGCCCGUUUCCGCUGCACUGACCUCAUCGGCGAGGGCCAGUGGCACCACCUGGUGCUGGUCAUGAGCAAAGGGAUGCUGAAGAACAGCAUGGCUACGCUCUACAUCGACGGCCAGCUGGUCAACACAGUCAAGCUCCACUACGUACACAGUGUACCUGGUGGCUCCGGAGCUGCCAACACUCCUGUGGUGAGCACGGUGUACAGCUACAUCGGGACUCCUCCUGCUCAGCGGCAGCUUUCCUCUCUGGUGUGGCGUUUAGGACCUACACACUUCCUGGAAGAAGUGCUGCCUGCUGCCAGCGUGAGCACCAUUUACGAACUCGGGCCGAACUACGUCGGCAGCUUUCAGGCAGUCUACGUGCCAUGUAAAGACUCGAAGACUGAAGCUGUUCCUCCGUGUCCUGUAUCACUGGUUCCAGAGGAGAAAGUGUCCUUCAGUCUCUACGCCCUCUCCGUCUCCUCCCUCACCGUGGCCAAGAUCCGCAAGGCCUACAACAAGCUGGACAGCAAAGCCAUCGCCAAACAGUUGGCAGUUUCGUCUCAUGAGAACGCCACUCCAGUGAAGCUCCUCCACAACGCUGCAGGCCAUCUGAUCGGACCGGCCAGGACCAUCGGCGCCGCUGUGAUAGGCUACCUGGGCGUGAGAGCCUUUGUGCCCACCCCAGUGGCCACCACGUUGCAGUAUGUGGGUGGUGCUGCCGCCAUCCUUGGCUUAGUGGCCAUGGCAUCAGACGUGGAAGGGCUGUACGCAGCCGUCAAAGCUCUGGUGUGCGUGGUCAAGAGCAACCCGCUGGCCAGUAAAGAGAUGGAGCGUAUCAGAGGCUACCAGCUGCUGGCCAUGCUGCUGAAGAAAAAGCGCUCACUACUAAACAGCCACAUCUUGCACCUGACCUUCUCGUUAGUGGGCACGGUAGAUAGCGGCCACGAGACCUCCAUCAUUCCCAACUCCACUGCCUUCCAAGACCUGCUGUGUGACUUUGAGGUUUGGCUGCACGCACCGUAUGAACUGCACCUGUCUCUGUUUGAGCACUUCAUUGAACUCCUGACUGAAUCCAGCGAAGCUGCUAAAAACGCUAAGCUCUUGCGGGAGUUUCAGCUGAUCCCCAAACUGCUGCUGACGUUGAGGGACCAAACGCUGUCUCAGCCUACUGUGGUGGCCAUCAGUAACGUGCUCAGCCUGCUUCUGCAGGGCUUCCCCAACUCCUACGACCUCCUUCGGUUUGGCCAGUUCAUUUCCUCCACUUUGCCCACGUUUGCAGUCUGUGAGAAGUUUGUGGUGAUGGAGGUUAAUAACGAGGAGAAGGUUGACGGAGGAAACGAGGAGGAUUUCGGAGGGCUGCUCUCCUCCAACGUAAUCCUGCUACGCAAUCGACUGCUCGACAUCCUGCUCAAACUGCUUUUCAGCUCCAAGGAGAAAUGCACCGUUAAUGCACAGGCAUGUGAGGAGCUCGUGCGCACGCUGGGAUUUGAUUGGCUGCUGAUGUUCAUGGAGGAACACAUUCACUCGAGCACCGUGACUGUGGCACUUUGGGUUCUGGUGGUGCUGCUGAGCAAUCAGAGCAUCCUCAGUCGCUUUAAAGAGGGUCUGUGUGGAGGAGGCUGGCUCGAGCACACUGAUUCGGUGCUCACCAACAAGAUCGGCACCGUCCUCGGGUUUAACGUGGGUCGCAGCGCAGGCGGCAAGUCCACUGUACGCGAGAUAAACCGCGACGCCUGUCAUUUCCCAGGAUUCCCCGUGCUACAGACGCUGCUGCCCAAACACACCAACGUGCCUGAGCUUUACUUCCUGCUCAUGGCGCUUUUCCUGCAGCAGCCCGUCACUGAGCUGCCUGAGAGCCUGCAGGUACAUUUUGAUCUGGACUCCAUUUGGACGUUCAUCUUUGGGGUUCCAGCCUCCAGUGCCACAGUGGUGAGCUCCAUCCACAGUGUGUGUACCGAGGCAGCCUUCCUCCUACUGGCGAUGCUGCGCAGCAUGCUCAACCUGCCUUGGCAAUCGGAAGAGGAAGGCUCUUGGCUCAGGGAAUACCCCGUCACACUGAUGCAGUUUUUCCGUUACCUCUAUCAUAAUGUGCCCGACCUGGCACCCAUGUGGCACAGCCCAGAUUUCCUGUGUGCCCUCGCGGCUGCCGUCUUCCCCUUCAAUAUCCGACCCUACUCUGAGAUGGUCAGUGAUUUGGAUGAUGAAGCCGGCUCACCAACUGAAGAAUUCAAAGCCUUCGCAGGAGACACGGGCAUGAACCGCAGUCAAUCCGAGUACUGUAAUGUGGGCUCCAAGACCUACCUGACCAAUCACCCAGCCAAGAAGUACGUGUUCGAUUUCAUGAGAGUGUUGAUCAUGGAGAACCUGUGCAUGAUUCCUGCCAGCAAGCAGACGCCCAUUUUAGACCUGCUGUUGGAGUCCUCUCCCGAACGCUCGACCAGAACCCAGCAGAAGGAGUUCCAGUCCUAUAUCCUGGAUGGUGUGAUGGAACAUCUCCUUGCUGCUGAUGUGCUUCUCGGAGAAGACGCAUCCAUGCCCAUCACAACUGGGGGAAAUUACCAGGUCCUGGUCAACAACGUGUUUUACUUUGCUCAGCGGGUGGUGGACAAACUGUGGCAGGGCAUGUUCAACAAGGAGUCCAAACUGGUGGUGGAGUUUAUAGUGCAGCUGAUCAGCCAGGCAAAGCGGCGGUCUCAGGGAUUGUCACUGGAUUGCAUCUAUCACUGCCUGAAUCGCACCGUCCUGUAUCAGCUCUGUCGACCACAUAAAACCGUUGCCCAGCAGGUGGCGCUGCUCGACUCGCUGCGUGUGCUAACAGUAAACCGCAACCUGGUGCUUGGACCCGGAAACCACGACCAUGAAUUUGUGGCCUGCCUUGCGCACUGUUUAAUCAUUCUGCAUACUGGCAGUAACGUGGAGGGGUUUGGGCUGGAGGCUGAAGCUCGGAUGACCACCUGGCACGUCAUGAUGCCAUCAGAGAAUGAGGCUGAUACCCAGCAGAGCCAAGAUGUCAGCGAAGGUCGUCAAUUGCUGCUAAAGGCAGUGAACCGGGUAUGGACUGAGCUGAUGCACAGUAAGAGGCAGAUGCUGGAGGACAUUUUUAAAGUCUCUCUUCCUGUCAACGACCGAGGACACGUGGACAUCGGCACUGCCAGACCUGCGCUAGAGGAACCUGCAGCCAAGAGCUGGCAGAACCACCUCGCCCAUGAGAAGAAGUGUAUCAGCAGGGGAGAGGCUGUGGCUCCGGCGAAUCAGUCCAAACUGUCUCGUGUGAGCAGUGGAUUUGGCCUGUCUAAACUCACAGGCGCCCGGCGGAACAAGAAAGAGAGCGGCAUGAACAAGAACAACCUCUCAGCACAGGAAACCUUCCAGUGGAUGUUCACACAUAUCGCAGUGGUGCGGGAUCUAGUGGCCAUGCAGUACAAAGAAUACCAAGAGAGGCAACAGAAUGCACUGAAGUACGUGACUGAUGAGUGGGCAGCGAUCGAGUACGAGUUACUGCGUGAGCGAGGGCUUUGGGGACCACCUAUCGGCUCACACCUAGACAAGUUCCAGCUGGACAUGACGGAGGGACCCUGUCGAAUGAGGAAGAAGAUGGUUCGCAACGACCUGUUUUAUAUCCAUUACCCUUACGUGCCUGACAACGAGCCAAACAACAGCUCUCAGAAGCCGGUGCGGUACCGGAGAGCCAUCAGCUACGACAGUAAGGAGUAUUACAUGCGCUUGUUGUCGGGAAACCCGGGCAUGUACCAGCACUCCAUCCAACAGAGCACAGAAGGAGAGAGCACACAGCAGGAACCAGAACACGGCGAGGACACCAUCGCAAGGGUCAAAGGUCUUGUGAAAGCUCCUCUGAAGCGUUCCCGCUCCACAGCGGAUGGCGGAGACGAGGACGGCCCAGAGCAGCUGCAGGAGCUGCUGGAGUGUGGAGCUGUAGACGAGGAGCAGAAGACGGACAACACCACCCUGCUCCGCCUGCUGGAGGAGGGAGAGAAGAUUCAGCACAUGUACCGUUGCGCUCGGGUCCAAGGGCUGGACACCAGCGAAGGGCUGCUGCUGUUUGGCAAAGAGCAUUUUUACGUGAUUGACGGCUUCACUAUGACCGUCACCAGAGAGAUCAGAGACAUCGAGACACUUCCUGCAAACAUGCACGAGCCAAUUAUCCCCAAAGGAGCCCGACAAAGCCAGAGUCAGCUGAAGCGGACAUGUAGCAUCUUUGCAUAUGAAGACAUCAAGGAGGUGCACAAGCGCCGCUAUCUGCUCCAGCCAAUGGCAGUGGAGGUGUUUUCAGGCGAUGGGCGAAAUUACCUCUUGGCCUUCCAGAAGGGUGUCAGGAACAAGGUCUAUCAGAGGUUUUUGGCAGUCGUUCCCUCAUUAGCAGACAGCUCCGAGUCCGUCUCUGGCCAGAGGCCCAACACGAGUGUCGAGCAAGGGUCGGGUCUUCUCAGCACUUUGGUCGGAGAGAAAUCAGUAACACAGCGGUGGGAGAGAGGAGAAAUCAGCAACUUCCAGUAUCUAAUGCACCUGAACACGCUGGCCGGCAGAUCCUACAAUGAUUUGAUGCAGUAUCCUGUCUUCCCCUGGAUCCUGGCUGACUACGACUCUGAGGAACUGGACCUUAAUAAUCCAAAGACAUUCCGUAACCUGUCCAAGCCCAUGGGUGCUCAGACGGACGACCGGCUGAUUCAGUAUAAGAAGAGAUUCAAAGAUUGGGAGGAUCCGAAUGGUGAGACUCCAGCGUAUCAUUACGGGACUCACUACUCCUCCGCCAUGAUCGUGGCGUCUUAUUUGGUGAGAAUGGAGCCUUUCACACAGAUCUUCCUCCGACUGCAGGGGGGCCACUUUGAUCUGGCCGACCGGAUGUUCCACAGCGUGCGGGAAGCUUGGCUCUCUGCCUCCAAACACAACAUGGCCGAUGUCAAGGAGCUCAUCCCAGAGUUCUUCUACCUCCCCGAGUUCCUGCUCAACUCCAAUAACUUUGACUUAGGAAGUAAACAGAACGGCACUCGACUGGGAGACGUGAUUUUGCCUCCCUGGGCCAAAGGAGAUCCGAGAGAGUUAAUUCGGGUUCAUAGACAGGCGUUGGAGUGCGAUUACGUCAGCGCUCACCUACAUGAAUGGAUUGACCUCAUAUUCGGCUACAAGCAGCAGGGCCCUCCAGCAGUGGAGGCUGUAAAUGUGUUCCACCAUCUCUUCUAUGAGGGUCAAGUGGACAUCUACAACAUCAACGACCCUCUGAAAGAGACGGCCACCAUCGGCUUUAUCAACAACUUCGGCCAGAUCCCCAAACAGCUGUUUAAGAAGCCUCAUCCCCCUAAGCGUGUGCGAAGCAAGUCGAACGGCGAGAUCCCCGGCAUGGCUGCCUCCAUUAACUCCACCGCAGACAAGAUUUUCUUCCACCAUCUCGACAACCUGCGGCCUUCUCUGGCUCCUGUUAAAGAGCUGAAGGAGCCUGUGGGUCAGAUAGUAUGCACUGAUAAGGGUAUUCUAGCUGUAGAGCAGAACAAAGUGCUGGUUCCUCCUGCCUGGAAUAAGACAUUUGCCUGGGGUUAUGCAGACCUCAGCUGCCGGCUAGCCAACUACGAGUCUGACAAGGCUGUGAUUGUGUACGAGUGUCUGUCCGAAUGGGCUCAGAUCUUGUGUGCCAUCUGUCCAAACCCCAAACUGGUGAUUACCGGUGGUACAAGCACUGCUAUCUGCGUUUGGGAGACGAGUCCUUCAAAAGAAAAGGCCAAGACCCUGACGCUCAAACAGGCUCUGCUGGGACACACAGACGCUGUGACGUGUUUGACAGCAUCCUCAACCUAUCACAUUGUCGUGAGUGGCUCUCGGGACCGAACUUGCAUCAUCUGGGACCUGAAUAAGCUGUCUUUUGUCACACAGCUGCGAGGUCACCGUGCUCCAGUGUCUGCGCUCUGUAUAAAUGAGCUCACUGGAGAUAUCGUGUCCUGUGCUGGAACGUACAUCCACGUAUGGAGCAUUAACGGCAACCCCAUCGCGAGUGCCAACACGUUCACCGGGCGCAGCCAGCAAAUCCUGUGCUGCUGUGUGUCUGAGAUGAACGAAUGGGACACUCAGAACGUCAUCGUCACAGGACACUCGGAUGGCGUCGUCAGGUUCUGGAGAAUGGAGUUUCUGCAAGUCCCAGAAACCCCUGCGCCCGAGCCAGUCGAGCCUCCAGAUGCUCCAGACUGCUGUUCAGAGGAGAAAAUCGAUGGGCGUGAGGCUGCAGACGAGGACAGUAGCGAAUCAGAAGCCGAAGAGGCCAUCGCGAGUCAGGAGUGUAAAACACAAGCGCCGAACAGUCAGCCUGGGAGUGGAUCUCACAGGCCCAAGCCUUCACGCACCAGCUUGGAGGACUCAGGUCGUUGGUCCGACUCGCUCAGCGUUGAUGAGAAAGAUGGGUUUGUGUUCGUCAACUACUCAGAGGGCCAAACCAGGCCUGCCAACCCACCCACUAACCCCCCCCACACCAACCCACAAUCCAUGCCACAGCCCCUACAGCCCAGCAACAUGGAGCCUCGGCCCUACAACAAACUCAGAGCAGGCUACAGAUGGGAGAGACAGCUGGUGUUCCGGAGUAAACUCACCAUGCACACAGCGUUUGACCGCAAGGACAAUGCUCAGCCAGCUGAAAUCACAGCCCUCGCCAUCUCAAAGGACCACAGUAAGGUGGUGGUGGGCGAUGGGCGUGGCCGCGUCUUCAGCUGGUCGGUGAGUGAACAACCGGGACGCUCAGCCGCCGAUCACUGGGUGAAGGACGAGCAGGUGGAGAGCUGUUCAGCGUGCACGGUGCGUUUCUCGCUCACCGAGAGACGCCACCACUGCAGGAACUGCGGCCAGCUUUUCUGCCAGAAGUGCAGUCGCUUCCAGUCCGAGAUCAAGCGGUUGAAGAUAUCCUCUCCCGUCCGUGUGUGUCAGAACUGUUACUACAACCUGCAACAUGAGCAGGCUUCAGUGGAAGGGUCCAAAAACUAAAAUCACCACCACCACCCGUCACUCAAAACGCUCCCACUGACCUGUACCUUCCUCUCCAGAACUUCAUCACUCCUACCACAAAUCAUGGAUUUACGCUCCGAUCGAAUCGACGUUCCUUAUUUCAGAUCGCCGGUAGUCAUUUUUCUUGUCACCGUUAGCAUUUUCCAUAAAUUGCUAAACAUUUUAGAUUUUAGGAACAAAAACUUGUGCAAAACAAGAUGAAGUUUGUGAAUAUUGUAAAUAGCAAAAUGGCCUUUUUAACUAGAACUGAGAAGUCGUUAUUAAGAGAGAGAGAAAACAUUUUGCCUGUAACAUAGCAUUAAUAAACACACUACUCCUGACUUUAAAACUACUAAAAAAAAAAAAGCAGUUGUGUGUAGUCGGUGUCAUGAGGCACAGCAUCCCGGCGGGUAUGAUAUUGGGGACUAUGAAUGUUAAUAAUAAAUGUUUGUGAGUUGGCAUUAUUACCGUGUCUAGUUAUGCAAAUAAUUUUGUUUACAAUGUGUUAACUUUAACGUGUUGCCCACAGUAUCAAAGCCGUUGCCAGUAGUUCAUAUAGUGUUUCUUUUUGUUGCCAAAUUGCCUUUAUAAAACUAACAUAUUUAUAGACAAAAGGACAGUUCGUUGCUUUUGAAUCCCGCACAUGCCUUCUUUAGCAUUCCCAAAUCGUAAUUUCAUAUCAUAUGAUUAUACAAAGAGCACAUCUGGAAUUUUCCACUGUUUCACUAUUGUUUUUUUGGAAAUGGAGGCUAACGGGGGAUAUUUACAUUUAACAUUGUCUUGUUCACUACUAAACGUGAUAAGACCUAGCUUUAAUAUUUCUCUCUGACACUAACGCAACUCUGAGAGAAAACGACGUGUUAAAUAUCAACGUCGUCGUCUUAAAACAUGCCAGAGGAACUCCAAACAUCCCGUUUGCUUGACGUGUUUGAGGAAUACCUCGCGUGCCUCAGUCUUGGAACGUUUCAUCGUUCGAAAGGGAUUUGAUGUUGAAAAACUGGAAUUGUCUUUUCAUAAUGCGUGAAAUGAUAAGAUGAGACUUUUUUUUUUUUUCUUUAUCUUAUCUGUUGUGGUACUGUGGGCAAUACUGUAUUGAAAGUGCUGCUUUGAUAAUUAGGAAGAGAUGUAUUUUCUUUUUCUUUUAAAAACAAGAAACAAAUCACUUUAAAGCAAGAAAUAUUACAUGUACACGUCCUUUAUUCGUAUUCUUUCCCCGUACAUCGCCAUACAGUCGAAUCUGCACUCGUUAUGAUGAGAAUUAUGAUUACUGUAAAUUAGUGUGCAAUCAAAAGUCAAAGGCCAGAUGGUUAUCAAUUAUUUUCACACCUUUACAUGUACAAAAAAAAAAAAUUACGGUUUUAUCAAACGCAUUUUUAUGUUGUACGCUGUCAUUUUAAAGUGGUUUGUUCCUUUACAGCAAGAUGAACUGUACAAAGUAUUUAUGCAAUUAUAAUGUUUCCUUUUUUAUGAUUGAUUAUUGUACAUUUUUCAGCAAGUUGGGUUACUUGUUGCAUGUCUAACACAGCUGACUUUCUGUGUCAGUGCAUUGUACAUGGUUGGCAUUAUUACUUUUUUUUUUUUCAUAAUUUCUAUGGCAUUAUUAUUAAAUGAUUCGAUUAUAAAGCCCUGAGAGAUGUGUAUAGAGUAGACUGAUAUGCUGAAACACUCUGGGUUGACUUUUCUACUCCAUGUAUGAAAAUUAAGGCCUGAUCCCCCCCAAAAAAAAAAAAAAAUUGGGUUUUUUUUUUUGGUGGUCUUGUGUUAGACUGCAUUACUACAGUAUCUGGUGUGCAAUCUGUGGUAGCUGAAUGUUCAUUGUGCAUUUGUGUUUAAAUACAACUACAUGCCCCCCCCUCCCUCCUCCUUCCUUGUAGAGUAACCCUGAACUGUACUGUUACUAUAAUGCAAUAGAUCUGGUACUCAUUUUUAAUUUAAUUUCAAUUAAAUCCUCGCUGUUUACCA